AUGCCAACCAACGGGCUGCACCAGGUGCUGAAGAUCCAGUUUGGCCUCGUCAACGAUGCCAACCGCUAUCUGACAGCAGAGAGCUUUGGGUUCAAGGUCAACGCUUCAGCGUCCAGCCUCAAGAGGAAGCAGACAUGGGUCCUGGAGCCUGACCCAGGGCAGGGCACCGCUGUGCUGUUCCGCAGCAGCCACCUGGGCCGCUACCUGUCGGCAGAAGAAGACGGGCGUGUGGCCUGUGAGAUGGAUCGGCCAGGCCGUGACUGCCGCUUCCUGGUCUUGCCGCAGCCUGACGGGCGCUGGGUACUGCAGUCGGAGCCGCACGGCCGCUUCUUUGGAGGAACGGAGGACCAACUGUCCUGCUUUGCGACGGCGAUCUCCCCGGCAGAGCUGUGGACUGUGCACCUGGCCAUCCACCCACAGGCUCACUUGCUGAGCGUGAGCCGUCGGCGCUACGUGCACCUGUGUCUGCAGGAGGACGAGAUGGCGGCCGAUGGUGACAUGCCGUGGGGUGUGGAUGCGCUGCUCACCCUCAUUUUCCAGAGUAGGCGGUACUGCCUCAAGUCCUACGACAGCCGCUACCUGCGCAGCGAUGGCCACCUUGUCUGGGAGCCCGAAGCCCGUGCCUGCUACACGCUAGAGUUUAAGGCGGGCAAGCUGGCCUUCAAGGACUGCGAUGGCCGCUACCUGGCACCUGUGGGACCUGCCGGCACACUCAAGGCUGGCCGCAACACGAGGCCCGGCAAGGAUGAACUCUUCGACCUGGAGCAAAGUCACCCGCAGGUGGUGCUGGUGGCUGCCAACCACCGCUACGUCUCUGUGAGGCAAGGAGUCAACGUCUCAGCCAAUCAGGACGAAGAAUUGGACCACGAGACCUUCCUGAUGCAAAUUGACCAGGAGACAAAGAAGUGUACUUUCUAUUCCAGCACUGGGGGCUACUGGACCCUGGUCACUCAUGGGGGCCUUCAGGCCACAGCCACACAAGUUUCUGCCAACACCAUGUUUGAAAUGGAAUGGCAUGGCCGGCGGGUGGCACUUAAAGCCAGCAACGGUCGUUAUGUGUGCAUGAAGAAAAACGGGCAGCUGGCCGCCAUCAGUGACUUUGUGGGGACCCCCGGAACCCUAAGUCCGCAGCCUGCAUAUGGUAGCCAGGGGCAAGAGUGGUCCACUCCGUCCUCUCCCUUAGGUGGAGACGAGCUGUUCAUCCUCAAACUUAUCAACCGACCCAUCCUGGUGCUGCGUGGCCUGGACGGCUUCGUCUGCCACCGCCGGGGAUCCAACCAGCUGGACACCAACCGCUCCACCUACGAUGUCUUCCACUUGAGCUUCAGGGAUGGUGCCUAUCAGAUCAGAGGCCGUGGAGCUGGCUUCUGGUACGUUGGCAGCCACGGGAGCGUGUGCAGCGACGGUGACCUGGCGGAGGAUUUCCUCUUCGAGUUCCGAGAGCGUGGCCGCCUCGCCAUCCGCGCCCUCAGUGGCAAAUACCUGUGCGGCGGCGCUUCAGGGUUGCUGCGCGCUGACGCAGACCUGCCUACGGGGGAAGCUCUUUGGGAAUACUGAGGACUCACAGGGGCCGACCCCACAGCCCCACCAUUAAACCUUUGUUGCGCAGCUGCCGUGGGCUUUUCGUACCCUAGAGUUUCAGGGUUCUGUCUGCUCAGCCCUGGACCCCACCCAUAGGAAACCCUUUGCCCUUUUGAGCAAGGUUCUCCUCACCUUCUACCGACCUAAGAGGCAGGGCCAUGGCUGGAAGCGGGGGCUGCCAGACCCUUCGCCUCACCUCGCUCCAGCAGUUGCUAGGCUUUGGGUCAGAGAUUAAGGAAGGCCAUUCUAACCUAGGCAGACCUGAUCCUGCUUGGGACCCUAACGUCCUCUCCAACUACCCAGGACAAAUGAGACCCACAGAGAGCUGCAAGUCUAAGACAAGAGUGUGUGUUGGGGUGGGGAGGCAAUGUUGGGGAAAGGCAGGAGGCAUGCUGGGAAGGAAGUUAUGGCCAGACCCACCCCCCCCCUUCGCUUACCCAGGGUCACACAUCAGGACACACCCCUAUUGACUCUUGGAGCUGACCUAAGCGGCUUGCCCGGGUCCA